AUGUACUGUGCCGUUACUGUUGCUGUUGCUGCUCACGCCUUGGUUACGCUUGCAUCAAAUCCGACGGCAGGACGUGGAGAUGAAGGCAAUGUCUAUAGGGAAUUCAGGGACAUUGGUGGCAAGUGGGAGGUUGGGUGGGUAGAAGUGGGUGGUGAGCCCGGAGUUACCGAAUAUCGGUCUUACUAUAAAACUUGUAUGGUGAGUACCGAGGCAGCGCUUGCUGCCAAAUUCUUUGUCUGGUCCCGUGGGACCUAG